AUGUAUGAUGCGAAGGCAAAGGGAGAAACAGCUCUCAAAAAGUAUCUUGCAUUACCAGCCGUCGAAAGAAGACGUCCAAUUUGGUUGAUUCGUGGGAUAGAAAAUGGAAUGAGGGGUAUAGGAGUCCAUCAGAAAUCGCAGACUCCACCGAGUCUAUUCGUUUUGUAUCGGGUGAAACCUUUGAUGCCAUUCCAGCAAAUGCACCUUGAUACCAAAGUGCUUGGUGAUAACGCUGUGGAAUUUGACCCAAGGGUCUUCCUAAACAAUCUUUCGUUUGUGGGGAGUACCACUUAUUGCCUAUUUGGUGCAGGAAAUUGGUUUCCCGAGAUGGAUGAUUUUAUCUCAUCUGGAGGCGUCAUGAACCCACGUCUUGAGAAUGACCUCAUGAUAAGCGUGAGACAUGCAAGCAAGACAUUAACAUAUGUACGAACCGAUCGAUCGCGAAGUAAUGUUCAAGAAAUAGCUUUCGACAGGACUACUUCGCAACAAUCGAAUAGAUCGAAAUUACGCAAUGAUCCUCACACGCGAAGGCUUUUGUCGACUUACAAAACUAAUUGUGAGAUCUGA